UUUCAUUGUUUUUUGUGUUGAAUGUUGGGCACAGUGGACAUUAUGAGAGAGGUCGACAUGAGUUCAAGACCGUCGAUACAUUGAGUAUUUCCUUCAAAUUCUCUUUAAUGUGGAUCCAAGCCGGGACAAUGCCCAGCGCCAACGUAUCUGUGCGAAGUUUGGCUGAGGAAGAGAAAUACCUCAGCGGGCAGACGGCGGAGCGUGCGGGCGAGGGCAUGGUCCCGGGCGGCCCGGCCUCGCUGCGCCGCGGCUCCUCGGAGAACAACCUGGAGCUGGACCAGCCCGACGGUCCGUGUCCCGGGGGCGCGGCGCCGGAGAUCGUGCGCAGCCGCUCGUGCCUGGACAGCCUGCAGCAGAAGAUGCUGAUGGUGACGGAGCAGCUGAAGAUCGAGCAGACGGCGCGCGACGAGAACCUGGCCGAGUACCUGAAGCUGAUGAACAGCGCCGACAAGCAGCAGGUGGGCCGCAUCAAGCAGGUGUUCGAGAAGAAGAACCAGAAGUCGGCGCAGAGCAUCGCCCAGAUGCAGAAGAAGCUGGAGCAGUACCACCGCAAGAUGAAGGACAGCGAGAUCCUCGUCCCGACCGCCGGCCAGCACCCGGCGUUCUCCUCCCCCCCCAACGCCUACCACUCCUCCUCGGGCAAGCACAGCACCAUACCUCGCGAGUCGCCCAAGGAACUGCUGCGGGACGUGACGGGCAGCGGGCGCCACCCCACCAUGGACAAGAUCAAGACCAUCGGUCCGGGCGUCUCCCUCUCGCCGCCCUUCUUCUUCAGCAAGCCCCGGGAGUUCGCCAACCUCAUCAGGAACAAGUUCGGCAGCGCCGACAACAUCGCCCACCUCAAGACCUCCAUGGACACCACCUCGUCGUCGUUCCCCAGCGGCGGCGGCGGCGGCGGCGGCGGCGGCGGGGGCAGCGGGGCGGACAAGGGCCUGAGCAACAGCACGUCCAUGGUGGCCAAGACCAAGUACACCAGCGACGACGAGUGCUCGUCCGGCAGCGCCUCGGUGUCGGCCGACAGCAACGGCAACCUCCUGGGGGCCGGCGGGGUCUCGUCGGGGGCGGGGCAGGCGCAGGACGCGGCGGGCGGGGGCGCGGGCCGACUGGCCACCACGCUGGAGGAGGUGAAGGAGAUCCGCGAGGCUCAGAGCCAGCUGGACGAGGACCUGGGGGAGUUCAAGGGGCAGUUCCAGAGGGACUACGGCGUGCUCAACCAGACGCUGCAGGAGGAGCGAUACAGGUACGAGCGCCUGGAGGACCAACUCAACGACCUGACGGAGCUGCACCAGAACGAGAUGUCCAACCUGAAGCAGGAGCUGUCCAGCAUCGAGGAGCGCGUGGCCUACCAGGCCUACGAGAGGGCGCGGGACAUACAGGAGGCGCUGGAGUCGUGUCAGACGCGGGUCUCCAAGCUGGAGCUGCAGCAGCAGCAGCAGCAGACGGUGCAGCUGGAGAACCACGACGCGCGCGUGCUGCUGGGCAAGAGCAUCAACAUCAUGCUGGCCAUCGUCACCGUCCUCCUGGUGUGCGUGUCGACCGCUGCCAAGUUCGCCGCGCCGCUCAUGCGCAGCCGGCACCACCUGAUGGUCACCGUGCUGGGCGUGUGCUUCCUGGCCGUGUUCUGGAGGAACUGGGACCGCCUGCAGUGUGCGUUGGAGAGGAUGCUGGUGCCGGCCUGAAUGGGGGGCGGGGGGGGGGUAGGGGAAGGGUCACCACCCCCCCCCGCCCCCCCUGUCGACAAACACAGAACAGUUCUCCAACACUAAUGAUGUCGGAAGAGGCUCCGAGCUGUCACUAAGGGCUUUCUUUCGGAGGAUUGGUUGUACAAUCGUCCGGAGGCGUGGUGAGUCUGCUCACUGAGCACAUGCUUUGGCGGUACGAUUCGAACAAAUGGUUAAUAAUCUUCCUCAUCUCAAAUGUGCACGUGCCACUAACAUUUUUUUUUAAAUGAGAAUCAUUUUUAUUGAAGGAGGACAUUAAAAGGUGUGCGUUCCAUACACACCAACUUUUAAUUCGAUGGAGAGUAACGGAUUGUUAACGUAAGUAGUCGUUUAUAAUGUGAUUGGUCUUGAUAUGUGUCUUAACUGCGCCUAACUUUAAAUUUCAGAUACCCAACAAACCCAAUAUAAGGGUGUAUCAAGCAAGUGGAUCCCAGUUCUCUCAUCGUAGAGAUGCUGUUUAAUCUUAAAACCAUGAAAUACUAUUGGUUAACACGUCUUUUCCCUAUGCAGUCUCAUUUUAACUUGCACCAAUGAAGAGGGUACACAUACAUGGACACAACUGAAGACAGUUGGGAGACUGGAAUGCAUGGAUCUUUUACUUGUUUUUUGUCUUCUCACUAUUGCCUCAUCUGUCCAUUGUGGUCGGCCAUUUUCUUAGAGUUUCUCUGUUUACACUUCCAGAUUCCUUUCUAUGAGUGCAAUAUGUUUGAGUUAUUUGAUCAUUUUAGUUUUUUUUAACGACCACUGUUUUAAAAAAAACAAAAAGGUUUGAAUGUUGUGUGGGAGGGGGUUCGGAGUAUGAGGUGGGAGUAUUUAAUGUCUGCGAGGGAGAUCCACCCACACUGCGGCCAGCUGGUGUCUCCAGGGCCGAGAAGCUAUCUAACGGCCCUGUUAUCGCUUCGUGACUUAACAUUUGGUUUGUUCUGUUAAACAAAGCCACACACACACACACACACACACACACUCUCAGUGUGUGUGUGUUUUUGAAACGUACAUGUAUAAUAUCUUUUGUGUUUUUAAUAUCUUAAUAAUUCUUAUGGUAGUCUUAACAUUGAUUGAGUAGCAAAAGGUGACACUGUGAAGUAUGUGUUGUGUGUUUAUGAAAGAGCACGUGGUGCAAAGUGAGGACUUGUUGAAUGAUGACCAUGUAUUCAUGAAGCAACCAUUCUGAACACGAGUCAGAGCGGGCCAUGGUCAAUGUUUUUUAAGUUCUUUGGUCUGCCAUAACAACAUUGUUUUUGUCUUUAUUUUGUAUUUCUUUCGUUUUUUACCUCUGUAUUCCACUUUUGACCGUUGUUCGACCUUUGAUUUUGGGAUGAAGACGUCCCUCUACAGCUGUAAUAGAGCUGGUUUACACACUUGGCACAUCCUGCACACUGUGUGAUCAAUACAUCCAAUACUGUCAUGCUACAGGUGCCUUUGUCUGGCAGCAUUUUUUUUGUUUGUUAAUUAAACAAGCCUUUCAAUUAAAA